CCCCUUCUCCCACCAGCAGGAAAGAGUAUAGCUACUACUCAAAAAAAAAAAAGGAAAGAGUAGCUCGACCGAGCAACCCAAUCCAUGGCGACGGCGGCGUGUUCUCUCCGUCACCGGUGUCCGCUCUCGCUCCAGCUGGCCCUCCUCGCUUUCCUGCUGGCGGCGGUCCCGGCGGCCGACGCGUGGACGGGGGAGAUCCGCGGCCGCGUCGUCUGCGACGUCUGCGCCGACUCUGCCAUCGGGCCCGAGGACCACGCCCUCGAAGGUGCCGAGGUUGCUGUUCUGUGCAUUAUGAAAUCUGGCGAGGUCAUCAACUACCAGGCAUUCACAAACUCCGAGGGCGUCUACAGUGUUGCGGAGACGAUGCCGGAGAGUGACCGGUGGGACUCGUGCCUGGCGAGGCCCAUCAGCAGCUUCCACCACCAUUGCACCAGGAGGGGCGAUGCACACUCUGGGGUCAAGUUCACAUACAACAAACAGUCAGGGAACUCGCACAACGUCAAGGCAUUCUUGUACAAGCCUGCCAAUGUUCCGCUGUAUUGUAGCUGAAAUCUGUAGGAUGGGUUCAUGCCCGGCCUAAUAUGUAAGUAAACAUGGUGUAAGAUCUGAAAGGCAAAGGUGUUGGUCGGUCCCUAUGCUUGUAAUGGUCUGCGCAUCUCGAAUGUCAGUCGUUUGAAGGGAUCUGAUGUCGAAUGCCUAAUUGUUGUAAAUCAUUAUAUGUUUUUGAGCCAUAUAAAUAUACAAAGUUGUACUAAGAUUGAUACACUUAUUUUCGGACGGAGGGAGUAAUAGAUAUGUGUGAAGAGUUGAAUAGUUUUA